AUGCUGGUAAUCCAUGACCUUAUACCCAGCAGAACUCCGAAGCUUUUCCCAGGUGCUGCUUCGCCAAGCCUUCCUGGCUUGGCCUGCCACAGCACUCUUCGAGUAUGUUCGCAGCAUUUGCUUGCAGCAGGGGCGGUUAGUGCAGACUUUGCUUCAAUGGCAGGGAUUGAUGCAGAGGACGAGGGCCCACUUCUCGAGGGUCUGGAUUUGGAUGGGCUUGCAGCGGCCUGGGGCGAUGAUUCACGAGUGCGAGAACCACUGCUUAAAAAUGGAACAUUGUUCCAGUGGCCUUCCAAGCAGACCUGUGGGAUUGUGAGCUUUGGAAGCUUAGCAAUGAACUUUGCUGUCGUGGAUCACUUGUUGGAUGUUUGGUGCUGCCAGCUCACGGCGGCCAAAUCCAUUUACAUCCCUCACGCCAAAAAGCAGAUCCUCAAGCUUCGAGAAGAUUUGUCCCUGGAUGCAAACGAAAUCCGAGUCAACUGUGAUGCUCGUCUUCGCAUGCUGUUUGAGAAAAUGACUGAGUUCUGGGAGCCUGCUGUUUCCAAGCGGAAGAAGACGAAAGCAGAGCAAAAGCUGGAGGAGGAAGAGGAGGAUGGUGUUCCCCCCGAGGAUUUUCAUCCUUCCCCUGAGGAGGAGCAGGAUGAGCACGAGAAGGCGACCAUGGAUGCUUACAUGAGCACUUUGCAGCACAGGUCUGCUCAGGCCGCCGAGUUGGACAGCUUGAGCCAUGCAGCUGCAGGCGAGGAUGAAGCAUCCUUGGCCCAUGCUCUUGGAACAGCAGACAUCGAGCCUGCUACUCCAGUUGCAAACAUGAAGACGGGUUUGUCUGAGGACUUUCAGAGGCUUGGCCUUGCCACGGUGGCCAAGAAGGACUCUGUGGUCAUUGAGCUGGGUGAUUCACCG